AAUAUCGGCACUUUAAAUACCGCCUUUGUUUUCUUCCAAGAGGUAGUGACAAAAGGCUGAUUGAAAUGAAGGUGGUGGCUUAUUUUAAAUAAUAAAUUAUCGUUCUUUCUUUUCCUGCAGCAACUCAUGGACGACCAACAAUCAGCUAGAAGUGCAUGGCCCGAUCCACCUAUUUACUUUAAAAGGUACACUGACGAGAAUUUAGACUUAUUAAAGCAGGCCACGAAGACUGGCACAUUUCCAGAAAACACGAUAUCCUCCGGUCUAGUCCCUGAGUUCCCUCUUGAAGCACUUCAACCUCCACCACCUCCCACUGACGAGUAUACUAUUUUUGACCAAAAGUGGCAGAUUGACGACCAUCUUCCCACUUUAGAUGAACUUGGUGUUAAGCAGUUAUUCCCUGACAGUGCCAUUGAUCGAGUUCAAGAAUUAAAGCGCUUAAAUAGAUCUUUAAUUGUUCAAUUUUUAGACUUGCUGGAUGUACUUGUCAACAAUCCAGAAAAGUUCGGAGAGAGCAUCGAGAAUAUCAGUACUAUAUUUAUCAACAUGCAUCAUAUUUUAAACGCAUAUCGACCUCAUCAAGCUAGAGAAACACUUCGAUUGUUGAUGGAAAACCAAUUAGCAAGGAAACGUGAGCAAACAGCUGAAUUAAGGGCUAAAUCAAAAGAGGCCAGAAGUUUCCUUGAAGGACUUUAAUAAAUUCUCUUUCUGUACAUAUAUAAAUUUUGGGACGCGAGUUGAAAAAAAGGCAUAAAAUUGAGUUUUUGACACCCUUUCA